AUGGCAUUACAUGCUAUCGUAGUACUAACCGCCUCGCUAAGAGACGCGAAAAGAAGAGACUGGCAUCGUGAUGCGCAGUUGACCGCCCAGACAAGAGAGGAAAGAAAAGAAAUAAAGAAACAAGAGUCGAGUCCGAGAGAGCCACCCAGUCUUGGUUUUUUCCCAAGUGAGGAUAUUGGUGGUAAGAAAAAUACAAAUGAAAAUGAAAGUCGAGGGUACGAGUGGCCCACCAGGAAAACCCCUAGCUCAACGGCACCCCAACGCCACACGCUCAACGUAUGCGAAUAUUAA